CAAUUUUCCGAUCCACUUAAGCGCAAUCUCAUGCGUUACAGAUCUGAUUAAGUCACACGUGCGUGCGCUCUAUACAACAAACCUUCAGUGUCUGUUUUGGGUCUCUCUCUUUUCUUUUGAGAAUUAUUCCACUGGUUUAACCAUAAUCCGUAUCUUUCUUCCCUUUCUUUCUCUCUAUCUUUUGCCCUAGAUUUGCUGCCUCUUUCUAUCACUCCCUCCUUCCAGUUUGUCUGAGAUGAAUCCUCAUCAGUUCUCAGUAGUGUUGGCGCUCAUGUUUGCCCAGCUAUGGGCGUCUUCUCUGGGUUGUCCUUUGGGGUGCCGUUGCUAUAGUUUGACCGUGGAAUGUGGAUCCAUCGGACUCAAAGAGAUCCCACAAGGCAUUGCUCAAGGAACACAGACCAUCUUUCUUCAGGACAAUGCCAUUGGACAGAUCCGUCAGCGGGAUCUAUCUGACUUCGGUCAACUGCACUACCUCUACCUGCAGAACAACAGUAUCUCCACCCUGGAAGCUGGGGCUUUCAGAAACCUGGGCCUGCUUCUGGAGCUCGCGUUUAACGGAAACCGAAUUCACUUGAUCACUGCGGACGUGUUCCGUGGCCUGGAUCACCUGCGCAUUCUUUACCUCGCAGCAAACCAGAUCAUCAGACUGGAGGACUACACUUUCCGUGGACUGCAGCGUCUGCAGGAGCUGCAUUUGCAGGAGAAUUCAUUGGAGGUGCUUGGGGAUCAAGCUCUGGUGGGUCUGUCCUCUCUGGCUCUUCUGGACCUCAGCAGGAACAACCUGCGAACUCUGAGUCCCGCUUCACUCAAACCCCUCGUCAGUCUGCAGGUGCUCAGAGUCACAGAUAACCCAUGGCGCUGUGACUGCGCUUUACACUGGCUGCGCGGCUGGAUAAAUGAAGAAGGUCAGAGAUUGUUGAGCUCAGCGGAACGCCGGAUGCUUUGCGCAGAACCUCCGAGGCUCUCCCACCUCAGUCUGAUAGAGGUUCCAGCCAACAGUCUUGUUUGCAUCCCUCCCGUAGUGCAGUUGGAGCCCAGCCACCUGACGGUACGUUUGGGAGAGAGUUUGCGUGUUUCUUGCCAAGCAUCUGGAUACCCGCAACCCCAGGUCACCUGGAGAAAAGCCUCUCAUGGUAAAGCACAGCUGUCUCCCCGGGGACUGGUGCAGGAGGUGGGAAUGGAAGGAGAUGCUAGAAAUGGGGGCAGGGUGGUGACUGCCAGACCUGCUGGAAAAGGAGGGACGUCAAGUCGAGGACCAGUCCGUGGUGUGGACGACGGAGGUGAACGAGAAAGCUUUGAUCCAGAUACCGGAAGUGGGAUGCUGUUUCUCAGCAAUGUUACAGUGGCGCAUGCCGGACGCUACGAAUGUGAGGCGUGGAACCCAGGUGGGGUCGCUAGGGUGACCUUUCACCUGUCCGUAAAUAUGUCAUUGUCUUCGUCGGCCUCUGCAAUCUGGCCUCGGCUACAUUCAUCAUCGUACUAUCAUCCGUCCUCAUUCGACGUGAGUCAAGAGCCACUGUAUGAAUUGGAAAGCAUGGACUUCAAUGCCUUAGGACCCGCAACUCAGACAGCCAUCGCUGUGGGCAUCUCUCUACUAGCAUUGACGGCCCUACUCUUGCUCUGUAUGAUAUACAGUCGUCAUCGCCAACGGCAGAAAGAGGAGGAUGGUUACAGUGCCAGCAAGGAGGAGAGCAUCCUCUACGUCAAUGACUAUUCCGACGGUCCCACCACUUUCGCUCAGCUUGAAGAGUACCGAGAUGAACGUGGCCAUGAGAUGUAUGUGCUAAACCGCACCAAACCGGUGUUACCCACCCCACUGAACACAAACCAACAAGGGGUGAUGCUGAAGGCCAGUGAGGCGCUACAGAGUCAAGGAAUAGUAACCCCAGGCAGGGCAGGAGGCAUCGGUCCCCGCAGGGCUCCUGCAGAAGGAGGUGAAGCACCUCCGCCCGAUCUAGAGGGACUGUUCGUAAACCAGAGUCUGCUGUUUGACACACAGAUUGCCUAUGAGAUCCAUUGCUGA